AUGGAAGGAGCACUGCCCCCACUGGAAUCGGGGAAGUUUAUCAUGGAGAACGCCAGGCACAUAACAGUCAAUGAGAAAGGAGUAUUACGCGUUGCAAACAUGAUCCUUGAUGCGGUGAAGGAUGGUUCAAUGGCUGAAGUGGAGUUUUCUGCACAGGCAGUUCAUCCCAAGGGCAAGGGAAAAGCAGCUAUAGAUUGGGUUUUCUUCGCUGACACUGUCAACUUUUCGUUUUGGCCUGAUCGCGGAUCCAAAUACGACGUGACUUAUGAAGGAACCAAAUAUACGGGAUAUUUUGCGGCAUGUGCUGCCAUCAACAAAGCAUUAGAAUCGGGACUAAACAUCACAUCAGCAGAAUGGAUGGCAAGGGCUAACGAGGCGGAAGUGGACAAGAUUUUCAAGUCUGACAGCGGUUACUCUAUACCAUUGCUCGCAGAAAGGGUUAAGGCUAUCAACGAGUCUGGAAGAGUGCUCCUUGAGAAGUGGAAUGGCUCCUUCUAUAACUGCGUUGUUGCAGCAGGAAAAAGCGCGAUCAAGCUGCUCAAUAUAAUUGUGGACAAUUUCGAGUCAUUUAGAGACUUUGCCGUAUUCAAUGGCAAGAAAGUUUCCUUUUUGAAACGCGCACAAAUUUUGGUAGCGGAUGUGUACGGCGCACUAGAUGGAGACGAUCCCGUUUGCGAUUUCGAAGACAUAGGGCUAGUUUCAAGGAGUUCUCGUGGUCUGAGUCUAACAAUGUUCGCCGAUUAUCGUGUGCCACAAGCCCUGGCUUAUCUUGGUGCGUUAGAGUACUCCCCUGAAUUGAUCAAGCUGUUGAAAUCUGGUGAAAUUCUCCCAAACGGAAGCGCAGAAGAAGUGGAAUUGCGUGGAGCAUCUAUAUGGGUGUGCGAGAGAAUUGUGUCAGCUAUCGAAAAGUUGCGUGUCAUGGAAGCUGGCGACAUCAGGCCAAUUCACGCUAUAGAUGUGGACAUUUUCGCAUGGGUUUAUCGACGUAAGCAUGCGGUCGAAAUUGAGAAAGCGAAAGGAAUAAGGAACAAAAUUCUCGAGUCAUACCCGCAUAUCGAACCAUUUCUAGCCGACAUUUUACCAAAGAAGGAGAAUUUCAAAAUGAUCAAAUGCAAGGAUCACGUAGAAUUAUUGACUGAUCAUAAUGGUGUUGUACAGUUUUUGAAGACGAGAAAUACAGAAUGGGUUCCCACGCUUCGCCUACUUCACAAGUACCCUUUCAUCUUACCUCAUCAACAG